CUUCACGAUCAUCUCUCCAGCCUUACCGGGCUUUUCUUUACGCCACUGUCUUUAAGUUUUGCGAUGGAGCUAAUAUCAUUCCUUUUACGAGUGAUUGCCUUCACUCUUUUGGCGGCCCUCCCAACUGUUAACGCUACACCUGCAAUCAGCCUCCCUUACCCCUUCGAAGCAGACAAACUCUACGACCUCAAAAUUGAGCAAAGAAUCGGACCAGACUCAGAAGUCCGCAAGAGGGCAAACGCCUACCGCGUCUAUCUCGCGUUGACACCACCGGGAUGGGGCACAGGACCAGUAUGUUGGCUCGCAAAAGAAGUAGACAUAGACGUGACACAAGUCAACAUCACCAUUCCUGCAGACGCAGCACCCAACCAAUCGCGAAUCCGCAUCUCAACUGCUUUUCUGAAGAAAGGCGCCCCAAGAAGUAUGGGCUUUUCUUAUAGCAGUAGGACUACCCUUGUUGGAGCGAAUGCAACUUGGAGUCAGAAGGAGUUGGACGGGAGGAGUCAUAUUGAUGCAGAGGAAGUUUCUUGUUGGGCUUUUGGAUGUGCUAGGACUUGCCAAGAGACUUAUUACACUACAAAAGAUGAGGAGGAUGGGCCGAUUGGAACUAAGGCAUAUGCUUGUAUAAAACAGUGUGCAAAGGAUCUGAAUCCACGAAGUAACGGGGAGAUAAACGGGAUGCCUAUAUCGAGGAUAUUGGCUGUGGCUGUAAUAAUCGGGUUCAUUCAUAUGGUUGCGGGCGUACUUUAAGGGUUUCUAAGAAGGAACAGCAAAGCAUUUGGAAAUUCAGCCUGUUUAUUAAUAUCAAAAAUAUUAUUUUAAAGUUUUUGAGAGUUACAUCGAAACAGACUAAGUUUAUCCUUAGUUUUAAACUUAUCCUUAAAA